CUCUUUUCGCUUUCUGUCUCUCUCCCCCCCGUUCGCAAAGCCAGAAGGAGCAGAGCCAAGCAAGCAGGGAGCCAGCGAGCCUGCAAGGAAAGAGCAAAGCCAGGCUCGCUCUCCCCCUCUCCUCCCCCCUCCUUCUCCGUCCCUUUCUGCCAACCCUCCCCUCCGCUUUGCCCCCUCCCCCUUUUUCCUUAUCAGCAAUUCAGAUCGCAUGCAAAUUUCCAACCCCCCCCUCUUAAGCCUUUUCUCACACUGGCGAGAGAGUGCAAAAUCAGGAGAAGCGAGCCUCUCUCUCCCUUGCCAGAGCAGAAAAUCCAUCCUUUUCUCUCUCCUCUCUUGUAGCUUCCUCCUUCCCCUCUCCUUUCCUUUUAACCCCCCCCCCGCAAUAAAAGUAACCUUUUCUUCCCUCCCUCGGCAGAAUCCCGGGCGAUCCGAGAUUGCAAUGGUGCCGUUCAUAAGGGCUUGAUCGCCUGGCUGGCUCGCUCUUUCUCUCUCCAGCAUUCUGUUUUCUCGCCCCCUGCCACCUUUUCUCUCUCUCUCUCUUUUUUUUUUUUACAAAACCGCUCUCCCCCUCUGUCUCUCUACACACCUCCCCCCCCGGUUCCUUUUGUGCCGCGAUGGGGUGGGCAAAGCGAGCCCCCGGGUCCCUCUCCGCCUGUGCUUUUCCCCGUCUCCUCUUCCUCCUGCCGCUGGCAUCGUGGCUGGCCGGUUGCAAUGGAAGCUGUCCCGAGAGGGCACUAGAGAGGAGGGAAGAGGAAGCCAACAUCGUCCUCACUGGGACGGUGGAGGAAAUAGUGAACGUGGAUCCGGUUCAUCGGACCUACUCCUGCAAGGUGAGGGUCUGGAGGUAUUUGAAGGGCAAAGAGGUGGUGACUCAUGAGAUCCUCCUGGAAGGCGGAAACAAAGUCAUGAUUGGGGGAUUUGGGGACCCCCUGAUCUGUGACAACCAGGUAUCUACGGGGGACACCCGGAUUUUCUUUGUCAACCCUGCCCCGCACUAUAUGUGGCCUGCUCACAAGAACGAAUUGAUGCUCAACUCAAGUCUCAUGCGGAUUACUCUGCGCAAUUUGGAAGAGGUGGAACACUGCGUGGAAGACAAACCGGGGAACUAUUUUCCACAGCCUCUGCCGACGCCGCAGGAUGUGUGCCGAGGGAUGCUGUGCGGGUUCGGUGCUGUGUGCGAGAGAAGUCCCACAGAUUCAUCCCAGGGGCUGUGCAUAUGCAAGAAGAGCACGUGCCCUUCGGUGGUGGCACCUGUCUGUGGCUCAGAUUAUUCUACCUACAGCAAUGAAUGCGAGCUGGAGAAAGCUCAGUGCAUCCAACAGCGCCGGAUCAAAGUCAUCAGUAAAGGGGCUUGCGGUUCCAAGGACCCCUGCGCAGAGGUGACAUGCACUUUUGGCAGUACCUGCGCCCGCUCGACGGACGGGCAUUCGGCCAAGUGCAUCUGCCCAUCCUCCUGCAGUGGUGUGCCUGAGAACACGGUGUGCGGCAGCGACGGCAAGGAUUACCGCAGCGAGUGCCAUCUCAACCGGCAUGCCUGCGACAAGCAGGAGAACAUCUUCAAGAAAUUUGACGGGCCUUGCGACCCUUGCAAGAGCACCCACAACGACAUGAACAGAGUUUGCCGAGUCAAUCCUCGCACGCGGCGUGCUGAGCUACUUCCCCGGCCUGAAAGCUGCCCCCUGAAGCGGGAUCCAGUGUGUGGCGACGAUGGAGUGACCUACGAGAACGACUGCGUCAUGCUGAGGUCAGGCGUUGUGCGGGGGAUUGAGAUUCAGAAGGUGCGGUCGGGACAGUGCCAGCUGCAGGACAAGUGCAAGGACGACUGUCGCUACAACGGUGUGUGCUUCAACCGCCGGGGGACUGCCCACUGUUCGUGUGAGCGCAUCGCCUGCGACGGCUCCUACCGGCCCCUCUGUGGCAGGGACAGCCGGACCUACGCCAACGACUGCGAGCGCCAGAAAGCCGAGUGCCAGCGGAGAGCCGCCAUCCCGGUCAAACACCAGGGCCCUUGUGAUCUUGGCAUGCCCAGCCCCUGCCUGAGUGUUGAGUGCACGUUUGGGGCUACCUGCGUGGUGAAGAACCAGGAAGCUGUGUGCGAGUGCCAGCAAGUGUGCCAGAGCAUCUAUGAUCCGGUCUGCGGCAACGACGGGCUCACAUACGGCAACCCCUGCGAGCUGGACGCCAUGGCUUGUGCCCUCCGGAAAGAGAUCAGGGUGAAGCACAAGGGCCCUUGUGACCAUUGUGGAAAAUGCCAGUUUGGCGCCAUCUGUGAGGCUGAGAUGGGAAGGUGUGUGUGCCCCACUGAAUGCGUCCCUUCUGCUCAGCCGGUCUGUGGCACGGAUGGAAACACUUAUGGGAAUGAGUGCGAACUCCAUGUGAGGGCCUGCACCCAGCAGAUCAACAUUGAGGUGGCGGCACAAGGCGAAUGUAAAACCUGUGGGGCUACGACGUGUUCCUUCGGGGCCAACUGUGUGGACGGACAGUGUGUCUGCCCACCCUGCGAGAAGCAGCCUUUGGCUCGAGUGUGUGGGAGCAAUGGCGUCACCUAUGACAAUUCGUGUGAGCUGCGGGUGGCGGCUUGUCAACAGAAGAAGGACAUUGAGAUAUCAAGGGUGGGCCCUUGUGAGGAUGAAUGUGGAUCGGGAGGAUCCGGCUCCGGGGACGUGAACGAGUGUGACCGGGAUAGCUGCCGGCUAUACGGCGGCUCCUGGGAUGAGGAUGUGGAAGACGACCGCUGUGUGUGUGACUAUACCUGUGGGUCUGUGCCAAGGAACCCGGUCUGUGGCUCUGAUGGCAUGACCUAUGCUAAUGAGUGCGAACUCAAAAAGACACGCUGUGAGAAACGCCAGGAUAUCUAUGUGAUGGGUCAAGGAGCCUGCCGAGGUGUCACAAACCCUCCUCCGCUCCUCCAUUGUAGCCAGACCGUUUAUGGAUGCUGCCCAGACAAUGUGACCUUGGCUCUCGGAGUCGGCUCUGCUGGUUGCCCUAGUACCUGCCACUGCAAUCCCUACGGCUCCUACGGAGGUGCUUGUGAUCCUGCCACGGGGCAAUGCUCCUGCAAACCUGGUGUCAGGGGGCUGAAAUGUGACCGCUGCGAGCCGGGCUUCUGGAACUUCCGCGGCAUCGUCACUGACAGCAAGAGCGGCUGCACCCCUUGUCACUGUGAUCCUGUGGGUUCGGUGCGCGAUGACUGUGACCAGAUGACUGGCCUGUGUUCCUGUAAAACGGGCAUCACCGGCAUGAAAUGCAACCAGUGCCCCAACGGGAGCAAGCUGGGGAUGUCCGGCUGCAAGAAAGAUCCGUCUGCGCCCUCGUCCUGCACAGAAAUGGUGUGUGAGUUCGGGGCAUCCUGCGUGGAAGUGCACGGCUUUGCGCACUGUGAGUGCCCUUCUGCACUCUGCACAGAGGCCAACAUGACCAAGGUCUGUGGGUCAGACGGAGUGACCUAUGGUGACCAGUGCCAGCUGAGGACCAUCGCUUGCCGGCAAGGGCAGGUCAUAGAGGUGAAGCACUUCGGCCAGUGCCAAGAAUCCAUCACGCACACCAGCCCCGUCACACCGCCUACAACCAUGGCCCCCCUGGACCCUCUCCUCCUCCCUCUGCCCCCUCAGGCUACCCCACAGGCUUCCGAGCAGGCUGAGACGGCAGGCAGCUCCCAGCGCAUUGAAGUCAAAGCUUCCCCACAGAGCCAUCCGGUCACGAGACGAAUAAGCACCCCCCCUCGCCUGGCCACGACCGCCUGGACAACGCACGGUGUCCACCAGACGACCAUCCGGACUCUCUCCAUCGCCCCAGUUGUCCCAAUCACCAGCCAGCCAGCUUAUGUCGAACCGGGCAGCGCGGAAGGCAGUGGGGACCCAGAGAUGGGCGUCAGCGGAGACCAAGAAGGCAGUGGUGCAAGUUCCGCUGGGGACGAGGAGAGGAAAGAAGCAAAGGUCACGGGCGCCCCAGUUAUAGAGAGAGCCACGUGUUACAACACCCCCUUAGGAUGCUGUUCCGAUGGCAAGACUGCUGCUGCCGAUGCGGAGGGAAGCAACUGCCCAGCAACCAAGGUGUUCCAGGGGGUCCUCAUCUUGGAAGAGGUGGACGGCCAAGAGCUCUUCUACACACCGGAGAUGGCAGACCCCAAAUCGGAGCUCUUUGGGGAGACCGCUAGGAGCAUCGAAAGCACGUUGGAUGAACUUUUCCGCAACUCUGAUGUCAAGAAGGAUUUCAAGAGCAUCCGGGUGCGAGAGCUAGGCCAGAGCAAUGCUGUGCGCGUCAUCGUCGAGUCCCAUUUUGACCCAGCCACCACCUAUGCAGCCACCGACAUCCAGAGGGCCCUUCUGAAGCAGAUCAAAACCUCCAAGAAAAAGACCAUCCUAGUGAAAAGGCCGCAGCAGGAGAACAUCAAAUUCAUGGACUUUGACUGGAUCCCCCAGCUUUUCACCACUACGACCACCACCACCACCGCAACCACUAUGGCACCAGUGGUCGCCACGACCCGCCACUUCACCACCACCGCCGUCCCCCGGGCCCUGUACCCGGGGAGGCCCAACAGCAAAGCACCGGAGGCAAUCACCACCAAGCGGCCCGUCACCACCGUGCUGGCCACCACUGCCUGGAAGAAGCCCACGCGCCCGCCCCCAGCCCCCCAGAAACCCGGACGGCCCUGUGACACUCACCCCUGCCUGCAUGGUGGCACCUGCGAGGACGACGGCCGGGACUUCACCUGCAGCUGCCCAGCUGGGAAGGGGGGCGCCGUCUGUGAAAAAUCAAUCAGAUACUUCAUCCCCAGUUUCGGGGGGAAGUCCUACCUGGCGUUCAAAAUGAUGAAGGCCUACCACACAGUCCGCAUCGCCAUGGAGUUCCGGGCCUCCGACCUCAGCGGGCUGCUCUUGUACAACGGGCAGAACCGUGGCAAGGAUUUCAUCUCCCUGGCGCUGGUGAACGGCUUUGUGGAGCUCAGAUUCAACACGGGCUCCGGGACAGGCAUCCUCACCAGCAGAGUGCCCGUCGAGCCGGGCAGGUGGCACCAGCUGAUUGUCAACCGCAACCGAAGGAAUGGCAUGCUGUCUGUGGAUGGGGAGCUGCAUGUCAACGGCGAGAGCCCGAGCGGCACGGAUGGGCUGAAUCUCGACACCGACCUCUUCAUUGGCGGGGCUCCAGAAGACCAAAUAGCGGCGGUGGCCGAGCGGACUUCAGUCACAGCUGGCCUGAAGGGCUGCAUCCGCCUGCUAGAUGUGAACAACCAGAUGUACGACCUGCGGGAGAAAGGCAGCGACGUGCUCUACGGCAGUGGGGUGGGAGAGUGUGGCAACAACCCCUGCCACCCCAACCCUUGCCACCACGGUGGCCUCUGCCACAUCAAAGAGGCAGAGAUGUUCCACUGCGAGUGUCUCAAUGGUUAUACAGGACCAACCUGUGCUGACGAGAGGAAUCCCUGUGACCCCAACCCAUGCCACAUCGCUGCCACCUGCUUGGUGCUGCCAGAAGGGGGCGCCAAGUGCGAGUGCCCCAUGGGGCGGGAGGGGGAGUUCUGUGAGUCAGUCACAGAACUGGACCAGACAGUUCCCUUCCUGCCAGAGUUCAAUGGAUUCUCCUACCUGGAAUUGAACGGUCUCCAGACCUUUGUGCCAGAGCUGCAGGACAAGAUGAGCAUGGAGGUCGUCUUCCUAGCGAGGACCCCAAGCGGCGUGAUCUUCUACAACGGGCAGAAGACGGAUGGCAGAGGGGACUUCAUCUCCCUGGCCCUUCACGACGGCUACCUGGAGUACAGAUAUGACCUGGGCAAAGGAGCGGCUGUUAUCAAGAGCAGGGAACCGAUCCCGUUAAACACCUGGAUCAGCGUCUCGCUGGAGAGGAAUGCACGCAAAGGGGUGAUGAGGAUCAAUAACAGGGAGCAGAUCAUGGGAGAGUCUCCGCUGCCUCACACCUCCCUCAACCUGAAAGAACCCCUCUAUGUUGGGGGAGCGCCCGAUUUCAGCAAACUGGCCCGUGCCGCAGCGAUUUCCACCAGCUUUGACGGCGCCAUCCAGAGGAUGUCUAUCAAAGGUGUCCCAAUUCUGAAAGAAGAGAACAUCCACGGUGCCGUUGAGAUCUCUUCCUUCCACUCUCACCCAUGCAUCCAGAAGCCCAGACCUUGCCAGAAUGGGGGGAUGUGCAACCCUCGCAUGGAGAGCUAUGAAUGCACGUGCCAGAGGGGAUUCUUUGGGGUGCACUGCGAGAAAGUCAUCGUUGAGAAGGCGGCAGGAGACUCAGAGGCCAUUGCUUUCGAUGGCAGGACGUACAUAGAAUACCACAACGCGGUGACGCAAAGCCAACUGACCAAUGAGAUUCCAGCUGAGAAGGCCCUGCAGUCCAACCACUUUGAGCUAAGCAUCAAGACCGAAGCCACGCAAGGCCUCAUCCUCUGGAGCGGGAAGGGGCUGGACCGUUCGGAUUACAUCGCCUUGGCAAUUGUGGACGGCCGCGUGCAGAUGACCUAUGACCUCGGCUCCAAGCCCAUGGUUCUGCAUUCCACGAUCCCGGUCAACACGGACCAGUGGGUCCAAAUCAAAGCAUACAGAGUGCAUCGAGAAGGGUCCUUGCAGGUCGGCAAUGAGGCCCCGAUCACGGGCUCCUCCCCUCUGGGAGCAACACAGCUGGACACGGAUGGGGCUCUUUGGCUGGGAGGACUAGAGAAGCUCAGUGUGGCCCACAAACUCCCCAAAGCCUACAGCACUGGUUACAUUGGCUGCAUAAGAGAUGUCGUUGUUGACCGUCAAGAACUGCACUUGGUGGAGGACGCUUUAAACAACCCCACCAUAUUACACUGCUCAGCCAAAUAAUACGGCCUGCGGCCCUCCCUCUCUCCUUUCUCCUCCCUCGCCCCCCUCCUCACUUCCUUCCUUCCUCCUCCUCCUCCUCCUCCUCCUGGCUAUUGCUGUAAUUAUUUUCUAUUUUUGUAAACUUAUUGCUUUUUAUAUUUUUGUGGGGGAAGGGAGGUGGGGAAAGCGAGGAGGAGAAGAAGAGGAGACGAAGAUAAAACUUUGGGUUGGGAGGAGUCCUUUUGUUUUUUGUUACUCGUUUGGUUGUGGGCGUUAUCUUUCAUCCAGGCCAGUUGGACUCUCGAGCAGGAGCCAAACCUCUGUGGGGUGUGUUUUUUUUUUUAAUUAUUAUUUAGAAAAGAAGAAGAAGAGGGGGGGGAAACCCUCUAGAUUGUGACCAAGGAGCUAACCUUUUCCCGCCCUCUCUAUCCUGCUUUCUGACGUUAUCCUUGGCUGUAAAUGCCAUUCAUACUUGAAACUUCUUUUUUUUAAAAAAAAAAUCAGGUUUUUUUGGUUGACACCCACAAGAAAGAAAUAAUGACAAUUUCCACCGCCACCCCUCCCGCCGACCACCCGGAACCCUCAAGGAAGCAAAAGCAAACCUGUUCGUCCAUAACAGCUUUGAACAACAGAAGAAGCAGCCGCUUGGACAACCAAGGGGUGGGGGAGGAGGGCCAGCAAGGUGGUAUGGGUGGUUGGUUGGGGGGCAGCUGGGUGCCUGCAGACAAGUUCCAAGGAGGCUGGACAAAAAUGUUCAAACCAAGACACCCACCUUGGUGGUCUUUGCCUUAUCUUUUAGUCUUAAUGAGGCUUGCUGUUACCGUCUUGUAACCACAAAUUAGGGUGACAAAACUUUGGAAUUCAUUCUCUCUUUUCCUUCUGACAUACUUCCAGUGCAUGCAAGUGAACAGGUGGGGAGAUGCCGAGCGUGGCUGCAGGCUGUUAAAACCUGGAUAAAGGCAGAUAGGACAUAAACUUGGGUUGGGGAAGGGAGAAGGUGAGUUGUGUUCCUAGGUAGUACCAAAGCCCUCCCAAUGUUUGGAAGGUGACUUUUUCUUUUUAGAUUCUCAAUCCAUUCUUCAUCGAUCACCGAAAAGAGCGGUAAUCUUUUUUCCACGUAUGCUUCAUAAGCUUAGAGUGGGUCUUUUUUUGUUUUCUUCCCUAAGAAAAAUAUUUUGGAACUGUUAACACUGUGGGACAAGUGGGCACUUUGCUGCUCGGAGGGCUAGGGAAGCCUGCGGCCCUUCAGGUGCCAUUGAACCGCCCCUCAUUCCUGAUCAGUGGCCAUCCUGGCUGGGGCUGAUGGGAGUUGGGAGUCCCUGCAACACCUGGCAGGCCACAGGUUCCCCAUCUCUGCUCUUAGAGAACCCUCCUUCUAAAGGCCAAGACUCUCUGGCACAGAGGUGCGAAGACUUGAGGCUUGUGGGAUCUUACUUUGGCUUUUUCCUAGAACCUCAAGGUCUACCAGCCACAACCAGGCACCAAAAAGCAAAGCCUAGGAAGUCCUGGAACUGCACUGAUUUCUCAGUCCUUUUACACAAAAGUCUGCUUUUUUCUUCAUUUCAGCAGUGCGAUCUUGGCGGGGAAAAUUGUUGUGUUGUUUGCCAUUGUUAGAACAAUUGGGAGUCAGAAACCUUCGCCGAUCCAUUGCUGGUUGACCCAGAGAUCUACUGCUUCAGUUGGGUCCCCAGCCCACCUUCUGCCUGCCUCUGUUCUGGCUGGAUACUGUGCUGCACUUCUAAUGGAAACCGCCAUAUGUAGGGGCAACGCACAGGGCAGGCAGGAGCCACUCUAUCCAUCAGCCCCUCCCAGAUCUCUGUGGUGCUCUGCUCCAGUUGCCUAAUAUUGGGUCCUCCCCCCUCCCGCAAAAAACAGGGCUAUGUUUUAUUGAUGCCAGCCUGUUGAUCUGUGACUUGACUUCAAGGAGGAGGGAGAAUCGUAUUUCUAUGGUGUGCAUGUGCAAGGCAGAUGGGGAGGGACUGUGAGCCCCAAAGGCCUCUCUGGAACUUUCUGGAACAUUCCGAACAUAGUAGCCUCAAGAAAUGGCCCAGUACUCUUUUUUUUUUGGUGCCUAUGGCAGAAAAUUCAAAGGGCACCCUCCGCGGCGCCCCCUUCUUUGGUGGUAAAUAAUGUAAUAAAAAAAAAGACUAAACU